CUUUUUUGUGCUGCCCAACAAACAUCCUGACCUCAAAAUUCCGACAGUUCAUAAUUCGACAUUUCAUAAUUCCGACGUACAAAAUCCCGAAUGGCACAAGAUCCCGGCAGUCCAAGUUCCCGAAGUUUUGAACUAUUAA